CUCUCUCUCUCUCUCUCUCUCUCUCUCUCUCUCUCUCUCUCCCUCUCUCUCUCUCUCUCUCUCUCCUCUCUUCUUCCUCUCACAUUUUCUGCCAAGAUCUAUUCUCCAAAGUUUCUGUGACUGUGAACCCCCAAAGAACACUUGGCGAUUGCGCAAGUUCAGAUCCAAACUUGCUACUCGGAUGACCCUCUGUCAGCUUGUCGCGCUGGCUUAGCCCAUCGUGUGUACCUAUAACCAAACCAAACCGACGACUCCACCUAAACCCCGCCGCCCGCCAGGAGACCGAGACGAGAACGACUGCAACCUCCCCCGGUAGGACUUGACGGGUUCCCUUUGCCGACCAUGGACGUCGUAAAGGACUUGGUGACUGGGCCGUUUCAGGAGGUCGUGGAGAAGGGGACCGUUGCGCUCGGGAACGCGGGCGACGACCGGGACAUGCUCUCCGAGAGCCAGAAGCUGGUCAAGGGCGCCGAGCGCGUCCUCAAGAUUAUUGAGCCGCUGUGCUUGCGCCACUUGGAGGAGUCUGGCGUCAACUUUAUAGAUGCGCUCAAAGAUAAUAACGAGAUCGCGGAGUCUAGGUCACAGAUGACUGACAUGAUCUGGGACUUUGAAGACGUAAUCGAUGCAGAAACAUUUGAAAAGGAAAAGUACGUUGAGCUGCGGGAGCUCUGCAAGAGGGCCGGCCUCCGGACCGGGGAGAUCUUGAAGAGGAUGAGGCUGGAGCCGGCGCCGCGGGAGCAGCCUCUCAUUCCCAUUAUCGCGACAUCGCCACCGGCUACCCACGAGACCCAAGAUCAAAGCCACGCAAGUCUAACUACAUCCCACGAGGGACAAAAUCACUUCCAGGUACAGCCACACGAAGAGCAACACGUACUACCCGAGCCGGAGCCAAGAGUCAGAGAGGAGGUCAUCGAGCAGCAGCCGCCGCCGCCUCCCCCGACGAAUCCAUGGAGUAUAGGAGCAAGCCCCGUGAUCGAGACAGGACUGGAGGAGCCAAUGGGCGGAAUCAAUAUUGAGCGCCGUCGGCCCGUUUCCGUGAGCUCUCCCAUCUCUGAGCCGGGCAGCCCCAAAGAUAUGAGCAGACUCUCGCACGGCUCGGAUCGCCGGCUCGAAAUCCCCACCGACCGCGUCCUCUCGGAAGAAGAGCGGUACCACCAAAUGAGCCCGCAGGACCUCACGCGAUCCCCGGUCUCAAUAACGGACAGGAGCCAUCCCCUCGUUUCGCGCGGGCGAGCGUCGUCUACAACGCUAGGUAUCGUCACGGAAGACCAGACGCAGACCCCGCGGAACGGCGGCCACUCCCCGCGGCCGCACCGGCACUCGCAAUCCAGCUCAAUGUACUCGCACGCCUCCCGCCAACGCUCCCAAGAAUCCCUCCACGAUUCCGUAUUCGACGGCGGCAGGAGGAACUCUGGCGCCAUCAGCCCCUCCAUGACGGAGCACCGCGCCUCCACGUCCUCGACCCACGACGGGGGCCGGCUCAGCCCGACGUCGAGGCCGCCCAUCAUCCCGCCCAACUUCCCACCCGGUGUCCACGAGGGCAUCGAGAGGGUGCCCCUGAUCACGAGCGACGGCGAGGGGCUAAUCCCCGUCGAGUCGGAGUCGUCGACUUCGCAGGGGAGGGAGCCGCUCUUUCAGGUCUCGUCCCGGCCAAAGGAUUGUAAUAUCGGGUUGAGCAGCUCAUUUUAUCUGUACAAGGGUUUCUGCGAGGGUGCCAAGGAGGUUACCCGCGGAGGUCUCGGUGUUAAAAAGAUUAAGAAACCAGGAUUCUCGGGCGCCCACGAGGUCGCCAAGUGCUCGAGCUGCUCGUUCGAGCUCGACUUCAAACAGGUUGAAAACGACGUCAACAACGCCGAGGAAGCAAACCACCACUCCAACAAAAUCUCCUACCGCCCCCGCUUCCUCCAAAAAUCCCACGUCGCCACUAAACGCGCAGACGAAUUCCUCUACGGCUGCGUCUUCUGCGUCCACGCCCAAAACACCCUCGAAGAAUGCGACGCCACAGUCUUCUUCAGCCAAAAGAAGCUGUUCGAGCACCUCGCUCGGCACCCGCGACCGUUACCGCAAGUACCCGGCAUCACAGUGGUAGAGACAUCAGAGACCACCGGCGGCGGCGAAGUCCCGCUCCACCUGCGCAACAACUACGACCUGCACUUCCGCGCCCCGCCGCGUCCUUCGCGCAUCGAGGGCCGGCAGCUUGAGCUGGCGCAGCUGCCGACGGCGACGGCGACGCAGACUGUCAAGAGGAUGUAUGGGAUGCGGCUGUUGUAUGAUAACACGCCUGGGUUUGAGCUUGCUAAUGGCGCGCGGUUGAGCGGGGUGGAGUUCCCGGCCAAGUAUAAUGGAGAGUGGGUGAUGGGGUGGCAUGAGGGGAAUUUCGGGUCGGCGCCGCUGGAUGUUUUGAAGUUGGAGGCGCCGCCCAAGGGGGAGAUUCGUGCGGAUACGGGGAGUAAUAUCUCGGCGGUGGCGAGGUGGAAGUUUGCGCCUAGGGCGAAGGAUGGGGGGGAUUGGUUGAAGUUUGAUCAGGGGGAGAGGAUCACCAACAUUAGCUGGGCAUGGCAAGAUCACUGGUGCUGGUCCGGCACCAAUGCCAAGGGCGUCUGGGGCAUCUUCCCGCAGACAUUCAUCGACAGCACUUCGAUCCGCGAGGUUUCGGAUAGGUCGAGCAUCUCGAGCGGGGAGAGGAGGAAGUCCGGAACCGCGGGCUUUUUUGAGAGGUUCUCUUCCGGCAGGAAGGCGUCGAGGCAGUCGAGCGUUGGGCAUGUUAUGGUUUCGUCUGGGCCGCGGCCUUCGGUUGUGUGAAGAGAGACAAGGGUUUUGGGUUUGAUUGGUGGAUGGACUGUGAUACAGAACAUGAUGUGACGGGAAUUGUUUCCUCUGUGGGAUUUUCCUAUGUUGAUGAAGAUACCUUUUUGGGGGCUUUUUAGGAGUUUUCAAUACCCAGUAACGAUUGAAAGAUGGAAACGGCCAUUUGGCGUCACCGGUAGAGGUGCCCUACUUUGCGUACCCAGUCUCGAAUACUGUGACUAGUAGUCCGUGAUAACCAUAUAGUGAGACUUGUAGGGACAUCAAAGGCUUCUGCCAUGUACUAACCCUGUCUGGGGUCUCUUGUACUGAGCCAAGAGCAACC